UAUUGUUUACAUUUAUAAAACGCGCUUAAAAAUAAAAUAUAUUGUUACUCUCACAAAUAAUAAAUUUAAAUGGCUGCCUCGCGUUCACGGCGUAAUAAUGCUGGUAACAAAAUAGCCACGCUGCUAGAUGAUGAAGAAGAAGAUGAGUUUUAUAAAACUUCAUAUGGUGGCUUCAAUGAGGAAGCGGAGGACAAGGAAUAUGAACAAAAAGACGAAGAGGAGGAUGUGGUUGACUCGGAUUUCAGCAUAGAUGAGCAAGAUGAACCCAUAUCAGACCAAGAAGAGGCGACAGAUAAGAAGCGAAAGCGUGGUGGCGUCAACACUAAGGCUUACAAGGAGCCAGCAAAGCCAAUUGCUAAGAAGGAAACUAAAGCUGCUCCAGCAUUGCACAAGAAGCGAGCAGGUGGCGUUGUUAAACGAAGAGUACGACCCCGUUUUACAGUGCUGGACUCCGGACGCAAGUCAAUACGUACAUCUACCGCUAUAAAAACCCAAGCCACAAAAAUACGACUCAAGGAACUAGACGACGCACGUAAGCGUAAGAAGAAAAAGGUGCGUGUGGAGGAUUACAUGCCCACACAGGAGGAGCUGCUAGAAGAGGCAAAAAUUACCGAAGAGGAAAAUAUUAAAUCAUUGGAGAAGUUCCAGAAGAUGGAGCUUGAGAAAAAGAAGACGCGUCCGACUAAAAGAGUCUUUACGGGUCCAACUAUACGCUAUCAUUCGAUGACCAUGCCUGUUAUACGCAAACCCACACGUACCACAACGCUGCCACACGAUCCCAACGAUCCGGAGUCUAAAUGCGAGCGCACAUUUGUAACAAUUGAAAACGAUUUCGAUGACAAAGUGUUCAACAGCAUUUUCCGCCCGAAACGUGUACCAAAAAACUCAAGCGGCAUUUGCCCUAUAACCAGAUUGCCAGCUCGCUACUUUGAUCCUGUUACACAGCAGCCUUACUAUAGCAUUCAGGCGUUUAAAAUACUGCGCGAGGCUUAUUAUAUGCAGCUGGAACAGCAAGGCGCUCAAAACGAUCAACCUGAGCUUGCGAAGUGGAUGGAGUGGCGCAAGCUAGUCAAGGAGAAUCGACUGAAGGUGGCUGCAGCCAGUAAGAGCAUUGAGAAUUGAAAUUAAAUUAGACCCUAAGUUCAGCUAUAGUUUUCUAGAAAGUAAGAUUUCCUUUGUUUGUUCUAUAUAUAUAAGG